CCGCGCCCGCCCCGUCUGCCCGCCCUGGGGAGCGGCGCAGCGAGCCCGGGCGAUGUUCGCCGCGCGGGGCUUCCCCUGCGCCCGCCUCCGCCUCGCCGGCCGGCCGGCCGCUCGCCGCUCCGCCCUGCUCUGCCACGGGGCGGCGGCGGCGGUUCCCCCCGCCCCGCCGGGGCUGCCGCUGCUCGGCGGCGCCCGCCGACGCCUGCUCGCCCUCGGCGGGCUGAGCCCCUCCGCGGCGGCGGCGGCGGCGGCGGGGCGGGGGGCGGCGGGAGCCGCGCCAUGCGAGCCGCGACGGCGGGAGCGCGGCGGGCCGGGGGCGGCGGGCGGCGGGUUCCGGCCGUCGCGGGUGGCCGUAGUGGUGAAGACGACGCGCUACGAGUUCGAACAGCAGCGGUACCGCUACGCCGGGCUCUCCGAGGAGGACCUCAAGCAGCUGCUUGCCUUGAAAGGAUCUAACUAUGCUGGUCUGCUGGAGCGGCAUCGCAUCCAUACAAAAAACGUGGAGCAUGUUGUAGACAGUUUAAGGAAUGAGAGGAUCGAAGUUCGCCUUGUUAAACGUCGAGAAUAUAAUGAAGAGACAGUUCGGUGGGCAGAUGCUGUUAUAUCUGCAGGAGGUGAUGGUACAAUGUUGUUGGCAGCCAGUAAGGUUUUUGAUAAAUUUAAACCAGUCAUUGGAGUAAAUACUGAUCCUGAAAGAUCUGAGGGUCACUUGUGCUUGCCUGUGAGAUACACACGUUCAUUUCCCGAAGCACUACAGAAGCUUUAUCGUGGUGAGUUCAGGUGGCAGUGGCGGCAAAGAAUCCGAUUGUAUCUCGAAGGAACUGGUAUUAACCCAACCCCUGUAGAUUUACAUGAACAGCAGCUGAGCCAAGAGCAACACAGCAGGGCUCACAUAAAUGAAAGAUUCCAGGAUCAAGGAUCUGACAUUUCUGGUCCACAUCUUUUACCCGUGAGAGCACUCAAUGAAGUCUUCAUUGGGGAAUCUCUUUCAUCCAGGGAGAACUUUAAGUCCUGCAAACCCAGUUUUAAAUUCUCGCUUCAUAGGGCCUCCUAUUAUGAAAUAUCAGUUGAUGAUGGUCCUUGGGAAAAACAGAAGAGUUCAGGGCUUAAUGUGUGUACUGGAACAGGAUCAAAAGCAUGGUCCUAUAAUAUUAACAAGGUUGCACAUCAAGCUGUUGAAGAGAUCCUUAAGAUCGACUCAACAGCGAAAAAGCGUGGAAGUUUGGAUAUGCCAUUGAACACGGACUUAGUGCAAAAAGUAACAAAUGAUUUCAAUGAGUCUCUGCUCUACAGUCCAGAGGAACCAAAGAUGUUUUUCAGUGUUCGAGAACCUAUUGUAAACAGGGUUUUCUCGAGUAGCCGUCAGCGUGGCUUCUCUUCAAAAGUCUGUGUCCGUUCCCGCUGUUGGGAUGCCUGUAUGGUUGUGGAUGGAGGAACAUCUUUUGAGUUUAAUGAUGGGGCGAUAGCGUCGAUACUGAUUGACACACAGGAUGCACUGUGCACUGUUCUGCUGGAAGAAUGAAGGACCCUCGUGUCUUCUGCUGAAACAUUUAUGGAUCCAUAGAGGGAAACCAUGGGGAUAUCACAAUGCUGCAUUAUACUGGAUGUUGGCUUUUUCAGAUGCAAGAGCAUUUAGAGGAAGCUUGAAAUGCUUUUCAUUCCUUUGGGUUGGGGAAACAUUAGCCUGAUAUUUAAGCUGUUUUUGCAUCUGGUGUAAAAGAAAUGUAUCUGAAGUGUUACCUCUAACUUCAGUGAAAAUUGACAUUUUAACCUGUAAGGCAAACAUGAAAGAACAGCCUUUUAAACACAGGUAGUUGGGUUCAAGUAUUAAGUCAGUAGCAUUAAAUAUUCAGAUGUACAGUUUUUUUAGUAACAGUCUGGGACUGAAACUAAGUACCUUCAUACAUACACUUUUGUAGAAAAGUUGACUGUCGAUCUAGCAAUUUGAUGCAAGGAUAUAUAGGUUUUGGUAAACCAUGAUGUUGAUGUAAUAGAAAUGGAAACACAAACCUUUUGUAUGCUUUUCAAAAAUUGUACAACUUUGUAGUUUCAUACAAUUUGUGGCAAUUUUUUUUUUGUUCUUCCAGUAUUUUUUCUACUUUGUAGGCUUACAUCAGAAGUAAAAGUCUGGUUUAGUACAUCUU